CAGCGGAGGAUUCAAACUGAACAUGGCUGCGGGGAAAGAUGCCGACGAAAACACGCAAAAUAGAAGCGGUACAGUGUGCAGUAUGGUGAUCAAUCAGCAGGAAUCGCUGGGGGGCUCUCGUGCUGGCCAACCGCCAGUCAUCUUCAACCCGGACUUUUUUGUGGAGAAACUUCGCCAUGAGAACCCUGAUAUUUUCCUGGAGUUGGUGCUUAGUAACAUCACUCGCCUUAUUGAUCUUCCUGGUACAGAGUUUGCACAGCUCCUUGGUGAGGAGGGCUCUAAAACGCCAACAGGUGGAAAUGGAGGCUUCUUUCGCUCUUUCAACUUCCUCAAACGCAAAGACAAAGGCGUUGUAUUUGGAACGUCACUGACAGAGAGCUGCGUUGCCCAGAUCUACCAGCUCAUCGAGUACCUCAGCAAAAACCUGCACGUGGAGGGUCUGUUUCGGGUGCCAGGGAACAGUGUUCGGCAGCAGUCCCUGAAGGAGCUCCUCAACAGCGAUGCUGAUGUUGACCUGGAGUCUGGAGACUUUCACCCCAAUGAUGUGGCCACGUUGCUCAAGACUUUCCUGGGAGAGCUGCCUGAGCCCCUGCUCACACACAGACAUUUCCACGCACACCUUAAGAUAGCUGAUAUGACUUUGUUUGACGAACACGGCAACAAGACAGCAAUACCCAACAAGGAGCGUCAAAUAGAGGCGCUGCAGCUUCUGUUCCUGCUGUUACCUCAGGCCAACCGCUCACUGCUCAAACUGCUGCUGGACCUGCUCUACCACACCGCCAAGCAGCAAGACAAGAACAAGAUGUCCGCAUACAACCUGGCCAUCAUGUUUGCCCCACACGUCCUCUGGCCCAGACACAUGACAGCUGGUGACCUGAAAGACAAUCUAAAGAAACUAAACAACAGUAUGGCGUUCCUCAUCAAGCACUCGCAGAAGCUCUUCAGGGCUCCAAUCUACCUGCGGGAUUAUGCCCGAGUGCACUUCACUGGGACCAAGGCUCUGCAGACGAAGGAUGAUCUGGAGCUGCUAGCGGCAAGCAGCUCUCCUGCUCGGACUGUGUUGCCCCUGAAGAGGACGGCUGUUCUGGGCCCCAGCUCUCAGGAGCAGUGCCAAUCACCAGCUCAGCAAUACACAGAAGAAGCUCUGAAGGAGCUCUUCAGACACGUCCACCACAACAUGCCGGACUCUGCCAAGAAGAAGAAACUCGUCCGACAGUUUGUCAAGCAGACGACCUCAGGGACGCCUGCUCAAGAGCACCAUCAGGCCCCCCCUGCCCACAGCAAGAAACAUCCCCGUUCACGCUCCUUUGGUGGCCUCAUCAAGCGCAGAGCUCGUGGUGAGCAGCUGACAGCUGAGAGGCGGGUCAGACACACCUCCCCUGACAUUGUGAACCGGACAGGAAGAAAACCCGGUAAAGAGAACGUCAUCCUGCAACAGUCGGUGAAUAGCCCAUUAAAUGGUCCUGUGUUGGGGAAGGCGGGUCUGGUAGUCAGAAACCCAGACUUUACUUUCAAAAAGGACAAUGGUCAAAAGGUUUCCAAGCAGGACUCGCUCACCAUGUGUUUCUCUCCGCCUCAGGAUAUCUCAAUGUAAAACCCAACACCUCCACCUCAUCUCGGUCAGGACUUGGGCAGUAUUAAUAUUAUAAUAUCUCGUGUUUAUCUACGUCUUUUCAUCGUAGUAAGUCUAUUUUAACUGUGACUAAUAUACAGCAGCUUUAGUCUUGGCCAGAAAAGCCGAACCAAAGCCAUGAACUCUUUCUGCUGCACAUUCAAGACGUGAGUGAGUCUUACAAACUGGUACAAACAGUUUAAUUAAAGCCUCCACGUAGCAUUGCUGUUAAAUGGCUUCAAUGUAAAGGUGGAUGAUGGGGAUAAAAUUAAUCUUUGAAUCAUUCAGAACAAUUAUGACCUCAAUAUGUAAUGUUGGAUAACUUGCAAAAUCACAAGCUAAGUGCUCUUGUACUUACAGAAAUACAUUUUAGUUCUAUUUUAACUUAUAGCUUAACUUAAGAUAUGUAGAUAAUAUAUUUUUUAGCAUGAUCAAGUUAGGCAACAAUAUAUAGACAUUGGAUUAUUGAUCGGCCUCACUUUUAAUUGAACAGGCCUCAUUUAGUCUGUGGGACCAGAGCUGCUGUGAGGAAUCCAUUAAAAACAUUCUUAUAUCUUUUAAUUUACUAGUUUUAUACCACAUAAUCGUCUGGUUUUAAUAGUAUUUCGAGUCCUUUUUGGUAUCAAGGCUUUGAGAUUAAAUCUAGUUUCCAGUGAAUGGAUGUGAUAGGGUUGGACUGGAUGUAGAGUUGGUUGAUAUGACUGAAAAUCAGAAUCCCAUCUUUUUAUGUAAUAACCUCAAUAUAACAGCACCACGAGGGGAAAACCACAAGUCUGCAUUAGAUGAUCUACUGAAAGUUCAUGUUUUAAAAUGUGCUAAACUAUUCCCACAUUAACACACAUCACAUUGCAUGCCGAUCUGUUUUGACACACCCUCUAAUGUUGGGCUUUUUGCUUGGCUCUACCUAAAUGUGAAUUAAAAUCAAACCGUGAACGGAGUCUUUGCUUUGGUUUGGCUUCACUGGCUCAGACAUGCAUGUGCCAGUUAUCACUUGAAACUUGUUUUCUUAGCUACUGUAUCAGAAUCUGACCACUAGUAAGCUCAGCUCACAGUCUGCUGUAGAGUGUAGAAAAUGUAUACAUGUUUUACUCUGUGUGUUUGUUUGUAGGCUUAUUGGGAACUGUGAUGUUUUGGUUUUUGGUACAGAAUGUUGUAACUUGUUGGUUACUGGAUGAUAAUUUCUCUGUGUUGGGCUGUUGAUACAGGAUCAGCAAGCGGGUCAGUUUUCCUGAUAUGAAUAACUGAUUUUAAUUAAUAAUCACCAUUACUACUUACAACAGACAAAGCAGUGGCUGGGAUCCCUGUUUGUGAACCUGUCAAAUAUGAAAUGUUACAUCCCCUGAGUGUCUCAUGGGACUUAAAAUAUUUUUUAAACAUUUAUUUUUUUUAUUCAGUUGGAUAAUGGAAGGGUCAUUGGAUAGAAUUUAACAGAAGUGGUUGAGAGAUUUGUUAUGUUGAUGGAUGAAAUGAAAGCCGAAAGUGUAUUUAUAUGAAUUAAUUUCUGGUUAAAAUGAGCAGUAAUCAGUUAGGGGAACUGUGUUAAGAGGAGGUCAUGCUAUUGGCAUAUAAGUAAGAAAGGAAAUGAGUGUCAUCCCAAACUAUUAAGGAAGUAUUUUAGGAUGGUGUUUGAGUAAAGGGACAUUAAGUAAUUCACAGGUUUCCUAUAAUUGCUGGUACAUGAAAAGUUCAUUCAGCAAUCAAGAGAAACAAAUUCCACAUCAAUAAACAAUUUAGAUGCAUAUGCAUUGUUGGGUUUGUGUUUUCAGAAAGUAAAAAUGUUACUUAAUGUCCCUUUUUUAAGUAUUGUCAUUUUAUUUAGUUCUCAGUUCCUUCAGGUUUACUUACAUGGCUUGACUAAAAGUUGGGGUAUGCGAUUCUAAUCCAUUACCUUUUGUCAAAUUCAGUGAAUAUCUCCUCACGGUUCUCUACCUGUCCGUUCUGUGUCAGCUGAACUGAGCAUCCCUGGCUCUGUAAACAAAACAAAGUGGCCCGCAACCUGCCACGCAGCACCAUUCCAGUCAUGUUUUUUGUGUCAGGUAACGUUUAAUGACUUGCCCACGAACAUUCAGCUUUGACAUGCUGUUGUGAUGUUAUCCACAGAAGCAGAAGAGUUGUGAGUUUCGCUGUCCGGAGCAGGUGUGCUGGCUCUGGGUUCGUCUUGUCGUUUUUGCAUGCUUGACAGUUUGCUAGCCCACAACUUGGCUAACAUUAGUUAAGUUACUUGCUGUUUCAGUGUUCGUGCUAUAUCAUGGUAUUUGCCAUAGAAUUGGAUUUCUUCAGAAUCGCUUAUCCCACCUUUUAACUGAUGUCUGCUCAAUUUGUUGUGUUAACGGGUACGGAUGCACCAGUACCACAUUUUCAGCACUGAGAAUUGUAGUAGUUUCCCCAAACAGUGCAGUCCCUCGUGGAGAAAUUGCAUGUUUCUCCAGCUCCUCCACAGGGAGGUCACAGGAAUCCACUGCCCUGCUCAGUGACGCCUCAACAGGAGAGACGCUCAGCAACGUGGGCUUGAACCCAAAUUGGCUGUGUAUAUGUUUUUGUAAAUUUUAAAAAUGAUGAUGGGGAAGUUUGCCAUGUGCAACAUAUGUCUCAUGCUCAUGGUUGUAGUAAUUGGUUUUGGUAAAUUUCCUUACCCAUAACCUGUAAUAUUUUGCUGUGGAAUCUGUUAUUGGUGCAUUCUGUUUUGAAGGUGCUGUGGAUGUUAAUGAGGGGUUUGUUGAAAGUGAUUAAGGUAGGACACUAAAAGACCUUAGCUCCUUUUUGUUUUGCAGUAUUUUUUUUGUUAUAUUCCGAUGAUGAUUUUGUAUAAUGGCUUACACAGAACUUUAAAAAAAUGUAUAAUUAAUCCCACUGAAUUCAUCUCAGCAGAGAAGCAGAGUUUUGAAACUGAAUUGGGAUCUCUCUUUGUCAUCGGGUCCUCUCAUCCUUUUCAGUUCUCUACAGACUGUAGUUUUACAAACCUGUUUUUAAGGGAGAGCUAAAUUGAAUUCUGUUGUAUUUAUUGCUAUUUGGGAAACUAUUUUCUUUUUAUGUGGAUGAAAUUUAUGAGCCACAUCUAAGGUACAUUAUUUUUUUUGAUUUGAGUUUACAUCCGUCACUCAGAUGAGAGCAGUUAUUUCUGUAUGAUGUGAAAUGCUGUCUCUAAGUGUUGCACGUCUGUUUUUUUUUUUUUUUUCUCUUUACAUAAAUGUGAAACAUUUAGUUACUGCUUGAUGUACAUGGUCACUGAGUUCUUCUGAACACUGAGAACAACGAAUGCAGAUGAAAGUUAAACCUGAAUGGUUAAUUGCACCUUAUUUCUUUGUUAGUGACAGUCAAUGAGACAUGGAGAAACUUACACACUGAGGUGAUUAACUAAAAUUCCCAUCUUAUUUGUCUGAGCUCACUUUUUCCAGUUUCAUAAUGAAUUCCUCUGUGACUGUUAUAACAUCUGGUUUGAACUGUGGUAACCUUUUUGUUUUUGUAUUUUAGUGUAAAAUAAGUUAACCCUGUACAUUUGAUUCCUUGGCAAACUAUCCGCUUUGGAUUAAAACUUUUUUAUGUUUCCUACA